AAAAAAAAAAAACUCCCCCAUGCUUUGGACUAUAAGAGUUGAGCUCGCGUUAAACGCGUUCACUUUGUGAUGCAGCUUAUUACAUACCAGCAGAGCUCAAAGCCCUCGAGGAAACGAUGAGCGUUGGUUUAUCGGUAGGGACAGGAAAACCACGCUGUCUCACCGGGUUUGUUCCGAGCCACUGACCCAAUAAGAAGCCUUCGUCUCCUGUGGUUUUGGACUGCCUGACAGAUCAAACCUCCCUGUACCGCAGUGUAUUCAUCCCCCCCCUGAGUCAAGGACAUAAUGUGACACAUCCUGAACCUGACUGACUGACUGACUGACUGACUUACAUCGAGGCCACCAUGCAGGAGUGCCACACUGGACUGUGUCUGUCUGUCUACAUCAUUACCUUUGUGCUGGGCUUCCCGGCCAAUGUCCUCGCCUUCUACACUUUUUGCAAAAAAGUGAGGCAGAAACCCACACCCAUUGAUAUCCUGCUCCUCAACCUGACCAUCUCUGACCUCCUCUUCCUCCUCUUCCUGCCCUUCAAGAUGCAGGAAGUGAUGAACAACAUGCUCUGGGACAUGCCCUACCCCCUCUGCCCGCUGUCUGGCUUCAUCUUCUACAUGACCAUCUACAACAGCACCUUCUUCCUCACUGCGGUCAGCGUAGAGCGCUACCUCGGAGUGGCUUUCCCCAUCCAGCACACCUUGAAGCGGAGACCUGUGUAUGCCGUCGCUGCCAGCAUCUUCUUCUGGAUUUUCUCCUUCAUCCACCUGAGCAUAGUGUUCAUAGUUCCCUUUAUCGGCCCUAAAAACUCUCCGAAUGCCACCUCAGGCCACAAUGUCUCAGCUAGCUUCGCCAAUAGUGUUGACCAGACAGAGGUGUGUUAUGAAAAUUUCACGGAGGCUCAGCUGAAUGUCCUCCUGCCUGUGCGGCUGGAGCUCUGCGUGGUACUUUUCUGCAUCCCCUUCCUGAUUAGUAGUUUCUGCUACAUCAACUUCAUCAGGAUUCUGUCCAAGCUGCAGCACAUUGACCGGCGCCGGCGCCUGCGGGCCAUUGGCUUGGCUUUAGGAACACUGCUGGUGUUUGCUUUAUGUUUUGGUCCCUAUAACGUCUCUCACAUUGUCGGUUUUAUUACUUGGAAAAGUCCCGACUGGAGAGACAAAGCUCUGCUGUGCAGCACCUUUAAUGCUUGUCUAGACCCUCUUAUUUUCUACUUCUCCUCCUCUGCUGUGAGAAAGACUGUGGGUAGUGUGAUGGAAGGGGUUAAGAGUCGUCUGAACAGGUGCAUGUCCUGUCACAUGCUCAGGGCCUUGUGGGGGGGGAUUAACAAGACUGCAAAAGAUAAGGAACACAAACAAGAGGAGAUCAAUGCUAUCUAACCUGACU